AUGUUAUGGAUUGAUAAAUAUAAACCAACAUCAUUAGAUAAGAUGGAUUAUCAUAAUGAUAUAUCAAUAAAUUUAAAGAAUAUGAUUAAAAGUGGUGAUUUUCCACAUUUAUUAGUUUAUGGUCCAAGUGGAGCAGGUAAAAAAACAAGGAUUUUAGCGGUAUUACAAGAGAUAUAUGGACCAAAUGCAUUGAAAUUAAAGAUUGAUCAUAGAACAUUUAAACAUCCAACAAGUAGUAAGAAUAUACAGAUUACAACGAUUAGUAGUCAUUAUCAUAUAGAGAUUAAUCCAGGUGAGGCAGGAUCAUAUGAUCGUGUUGUAAUUCAAACCAUUAUUAAAGAGAUUGCACAAUCACCACCAAUCGAUAGUGGCUCAUUGGGCGCUUUUAAAAUUGUGAUUUUAAAUGAAGUUGACAAACUAUCGAAAGACGCCCAACAUGCACUCAGAAGAACUAUGGAGAAAUAUGCAACAUUCUGUCGUUUGAUCUUAUGUUGCGACUCGACUGCCAAAGUUAUUGACCCUAUCAAGUCGAGAUGUUUGGGUAUCAGGGUGCCUGCACCUUCGCAAGAGGAGAUUGAAAAGGUGCUUGCCAAAGUGGCAACCGCUGAAAAAUUUGAUUUGCCCUCGAAAUUGGCUGUAAACGUCGCUAAACAGUCUGGUGGCAAUUUACGUUACGCUCUUAUGUUAUUGGAAUCUCAGAAAGCAAAACAAUAUCCUUUCCAAUCUACGGAAUUACCAUUGUUGGAUUGGGAAAAUUACAUCUCUCAAAUCGUUAAGGAUUGCUUUGAGGAACAAUCACCUGCAAGACUUUCAAUAGUACGUGGUAAACUCUACGAAUUAUUAGGUCAUUGUAUUCCUCCAGAAUUAAUCUUUAAAACUUUAUUAUUAGAAAUCUUUAAAAAACUAGAUCAUAAUAUGAAAUUUGAAAUAAUUCAUUGGGCAUCUUAUUAUGAACACAGAUCACAAAUUGGUUCAAAGCCAAUAUUUCAUUUAGAAGCUUUUAUUGCCAAAUUUAUGAGUGUUUAUAAAAAAUAUAAUCAAUAA